UCAAGGAAAAGCUUUAUUCAACGAUUAUUGUUGGUUAACUGCGUAUCAAACUCUCACUCAAUUUUACAGUUUUCUCUUUGUUCAAUUUCUAAUCUUUAAACCUUUGUCAACUUUCAAUUGAUUUUCAUCAUGCAAAUUUUCGUCAAGACUCUUACUGGAAAAACCAUCACCCUUGAGGUUGAACCAUCGGACACUAUUGAAAAUGUUAAAGCCAAGAUCCAAGACAAGGAAGGUAUCCCACCCGAUCAACAGCGUUUGAUCUUCGCUGGUAAACAGCUUGAAGAUGGACGUACCCUGAGCGAUUACAACAUUCAAAAAGAGUCUACCCUUCACUUGGUCUUACGACUUCGUGGUGGUAUGCAAAUUUUCGUUAAAACCCUCACUGGAAAAACCAUUACUUUGGAAGUUGAACCUUCCGAUACCAUUGAAAACGUCAAGGCUAAAAUCCAGGACAAGGAAGGUAUUCCCCCCGACCAACAACGUUUGAUCUUCGCUGGAAAACAACUCGAAGAUGGACGUACAUUAUCUGAUUAUAAUAUCCAAAAAGAAUCUACUCUUCAUUUGGUCUUGCGUCUCCGUGGUGGAAUGCAAAUUUUCGUAAAAACUCUUACUGGUAAGACCAUUACACUUGAGGUUGAACCUUCUGAUACUAUUGAAAACGUGAAAGCCAAAAUCCAAGACAAAGAAGGUAUCCCACCUGACCAACAACGUUUGAUCUUCGCUGGUAAACAGCUCGAGGACGGUCGUACUCUCAGUGAUUAUAAUAUUCAAAAAGAAUCUACCCUUCACUUGGUCUUGCGACUUCGUGGUGGUAUGCAAAUUUUCGUCAAAACCCUCACUGGUAAAACCAUCACCUUGGAAGUUGAACCUUCCGACACCAUUGAAAAUGUCAAGGCUAAAAUCCAAGACAAGGAAGGAAUCCCACCUGAUCAACAGCGUCUCAUCUUCGCUGGUAAACAGCUUGAGGAUGGUCGAACCCUUUCUGACUACAACAUUCAGAAAGAAUCAACUUUACAUUUAGUAUUACGACUUCGUGGUGGUCAACUUUAAGAAAAUUAAAAGAUACAAAUUUCUUUAAUUGUAUCAUCUCAUGAAAUAAAUAAAUUUUGGUAAUCAAAA